AUGUUUUUUCUCACUUCCAUAUUACUCGUCUUGGGAUCUUUAGGAGUAUUGGGACAUCCUACGACUAGACAAGAUGGGUUACAAACUAUCAAUAAUUGUUACGUUUCUGGUCAAGUGGCAUUGACUUUUGACGAUGGACCAUACGAUUAUGAAGGUGAUGUUGCCAACGCUUUGAAUGGCGGUAAGGGAACAUUCUUCUUAAACGGAAACAAUUACGUGUGUAUAUACGAUCGAGUGGAUCAGAUCCGCGCUUUACAUGACGCAGGUCAUACUCUUGGCUCACACACUUGGUCACAUGCCGAUUUGACUACUUUGGAUGAAGCAGGAAUCAACGAUGAAUUACAAAAAGUAGAAGAUGCAUUCGUCAAUAUUCUAGGGUUGAAACCUCUCUAUUUCCGUCCCCCAUACGGAAGUAUAAACGAUCUCGCACUAUCCGUCUUGGCUCAAAGAGGGUAUAAAAAAGUAUUCCUUUGGUCAGAAGAUAUAGGUGAUGCAAAUGGAGAAUCAGUAUCAUACUCUGAAAACGUUUAUGAUGGAGUUAUAAACAAUUUUCCGAAUCCUCAUUUAGUUUUAGAUCAUUCGACUAUACAAACUACUUCAGGACAAGUUUUACCUUAUGCUGUACCGAAAUUACAACAAGCUGGAUAUCAAUUAGUCGCUGUUGAUACUUGUUUAGGUGGUGAUGGCGAAUGGCCAUACAUCUACGUCAGAGAACCAGGUGCUCCCGAUAACACUUGGCAUUGCUAA